CCGGCCAGUCAGCCAUGUGGGUGUUCGGCUACGGGUCCCUCAUCUGGAAGGUGGAUUUCCCGUACGAGGAGAAAAUGGUGGGGCGCAUCCAGGGCUACAGCCGCCGCUUCUGGCAGGGCAGCACCGACCACCGCGGCGUGCCGGGCAAGCCUGGAAGAGUUGUGACUCUUGUUGAAGAUCCUGAGGGCUGUGUAUGGGGUGUUGCCUACAGAUUGCCAGCUGGACAAGAAGGUGAAGUAAAGGCAUACCUGGACUUUAGAGAGAAAGGAGGCUACAGGACUACCACUGUCAUCUUCUAUCCCAAAGACUCAUCAGUAAAACCAUUUGAUGUCUUGUUAUACAUUGGAACUUGCGAUAACCCCAACUACCUGGGUCCAGCACCUCUAGAAGAAAUUGCUCAACAGAUUUUUAAUGCUGUUGGUCCUAGUGGAAGAAACACAGAGUAUCUGUUUGAACUUGCUAAUUCUAUUAGGAAUCUUGUACCAGAAGAUGUGGAUGAGCAUCUCUUCUCCUUAGAGAAACUAGUAAAGGAACUCUUGGAAAAGCAUCAAGACCUGAAUUGUCUAUAAAAUAACUUAUUUCUUUUAGUGAUCUUGCUCCAUCUUCAGAGGAGUGCUGUCAUUGCACAAUGGGUAUGAUGACUUGGAGACAUGUUUCUCUCUACUACGCUAUCUUGCUCCUUUUAAUAUUGCAUUCACAAUAGCCGUUGGUCAUUAAAGCAUACUGUUAUAUAAACAAUUCUUUCAGGAUAUAUAGACUGGGGAGUGGGGGAAGUGUUUUAGGUUUGAAUUUGGUAAAUUAAUUUUUUUAUCAAAAAAUUACAUCUUUAUGAAAUCUCAGGUGAACCACUUAAGCAUCUCUUUGUUCGAAGAUUAUUACUAUUAUUUCAGGUUUAAAAUAGAUCACUAGAAUAUUUUAAAAUCUGCAUUAAUUUAAGUGAUAGUUCUUUCUGAUUCGAGACCACAGGCGUGGAGCUCAGUGCAGUUGAAGACAUAAACGUUGAGUGGUAAUUGUAAACUGCAUAGUAAAUGCAUAGUAGAACAUUCUUAUAAUCAACAUUCAACUUCACAGAAAUUAAGUUAUUCCACUAAAUUAGUCACAUUACACUCUAUAUAUUAGCUUAUCCUUAAAUGCAGAGGACAAAACAUUUAAUUGUAAAAGAAAUAAUUAAUUCCCUUGGCUUAUUAUGUCAAGCCCCCAAAAACCAAAGUAUAGGAUACUUUGACACAAACAAGCCAUAAUGUAUCAGUGCCUCAUUUUGCUUAAGAUUAAUAUAAAGAACCAAGCCAAAAUGUUAAAUUCACCUGAGAGUAUGACCUGAAGCCACAAUGCAGCUAGAAUGUUCAGAAACUCUCAUCUUUGUUAUCUGCCUUUAAAUGCUGUUGUAACCCUAUCUCUUAAAAAAUUCAUCAAUCUCUGAGGACAGAUUUUAAGCUAGUAAACUUUUUCAACCAAGGGAUCCAACUCUGGCAGGGGGAUUAGACUAGGUGAUCUUUCGAGGUUCCUUUCAACCCCUAACAUUCUGUGAUUUUGUGACAAAAGGCAAUUAAGGACGGAAUCCUCAUUUCAGUAAACUAAAGUGUGUUGUAAAGAUAUCCAAACAAAGAUAAUUAGAAAGCCACCAGUUUAGGCUAGUGGGCUUACCUCAUACAAAACCUAAGCAGAGUUUCCGUCCCAACAAGAACUCGUCUUGCUUCUCAAAAAUCUUAAGUUAUUUUUGUUAACUUUUAGCAAAGUAUAUUUUUGUAUGCUAAUAGAGGAAAGGUCCUAUUUUGAACACCAUGUAAUGUCACAUUUCCUCAUACAGAUAAUGUGUUUGGUAGUAGUGUGGAAGCCUAUAUCCUGCAUCAGUAAUUGCAAAAUGUUUCUACUAUACAGUUCCUCCCUUUUUUCUUCUUGUAAUUUUCCUAUUUUGUAUUUGUGAUUGCUUGAAAGUAUGAGGGUUAUCAAAAUAAUGAGCUGCUGUUAUUUUGCUUGGCUACCUACAAAAGCCAACAAGAACAUAAAUGAAUGUUAAUAGAAGACACCUGAGAAAGGCAGCUAGAUGAGUUGAAAAUAGGGUAUUAAAAUGCAAACCUAAAUUGGAAAGAAUUAGACUACUUAAAAUAUUUAACCAAGCUGUAUUUUUUUACAGACCAGAUUAUAUUAGUGUGCCUCUGGCAUCUCUCAAGCUUUGAUUCAUUGAGGGGAAAUAAAAAAAGUAUAUUAGUUUUUAGAAGCUACUGUUUACUUUUAAUAGCUGAAUACCACUAUUUUAAGAGUGCAUGAUAGGGUACCACUUGAUGGACUACUCUAAACUGCAGAAGCAAAUCCUCUGAUCCUAUUAGCAAAAUAGGCAUAUGUACUGAGGCCCCAUUCUUCCAUUAGUACACCAGGUACUUGCAAACUGAUGGACAGUCCUUCAAAGUUUUUGACCCUCCACUGCACUGUAUGGGUUUAAGAUUGAUGUAACUGGGCAGCAAAGCAACCCCAACAGAUUCAGCUGCACAGUGGGAGCAGAGCAGAAUCAAAAUAGGACCAGAACUUCCAGGUGAUGACAGUCAGUCAUGCCUGAACCUGGAGUUUGAGUGACUUUGCUUGCCAAAGCUGGACAGUGAUAACUGUCACCCAAAUCACCAUUAAUGAGCAUGGUCCAUUACAGGUGCAUUUAUUCACCUUGACUCAAAGAGUAACUCUUAAGGGUUAUUGGAUACUUAAAUCAUAUAUAACCCUUUUAUUUAAAGUUAUUUGAAGAAUAUUUAGAUGUUGAAAAGAAUAUUGCCCUCAAGAAAACCCCAACAACAACAGCACUUCCUUGUGCUUACUUCAGAUUCAAGCAAGUAAAGUUAAAAUAUGUACAAUGGCAUGUCCACUCUAUGUAUUUUUAAAAAUUCUUUCCUCACAGUCUUAUCCUUGCUCCUUAAAACAGGGCAGGGGAUGCUUACACUCACUAAUGAUCAAAAAACAGCAGUGAUUAUUCCCUCUUUAAAACUCUUUAUUUAUGCACUGUGUUGCAGUAUUGUGAUUAUGUAUGGCUCUACAUUUUGUAUCUUUAACUAUAUUCAGGACAUCCUUGGUUCAUUUGCUUUGCAGAUUCAUAAAGCUUGCAAUAAUAUCUGUAAUGAUACAUACCAGUUUGUGCAUAUAACUUCAGUACAAUAAAAAUUCAUGACAUUUA